AUGGAUACGAAUGAUCAAAAGGAUUAUAAUAUGAUUGAAACGAUUCAAAAGAAAGAAAGUGCAGCUUAUCUAAAACCAGCAUUUGGGCUCAAAAUGAUGUCUGUUUCUAAAUUUCUCGAACCAUUUGACGAUACUUCUUUGACGGAUGAAGACGCAGCACAAAAAUAUAGUGCAUAUGUCUCUGUUUUCUUAAAGGAGCAGCUUAAUGAGCAAUUCGAGCACAAUAAAUCUUAUGCCUGGUUUCGGGAUAAAUAUCAUCCCGAUCACGUCGUCUCCAAAGAAAAGGAGAGAGAAACCUUGAUGGCUCGAUUUAACAUUUUCAAUAAAAUGUGGAAAGGGGGUUUUCUUGAUAACAUUUCAUUGGAAUAUAAAGAAAGAGCUGCAAUCGCAAAACUUUUGGAUCAGUUUGCUAUUUUGUUCGCUGGGGGGACUUUUGAAGAUUUUGCUGAUUUGGAGAGUUUCGACCCUUCAUCUACUGUGGGAGAUUUAUCCGAUGAAUCUAAAUCGUUUCCUCAGCCUGAACCUGAAGUCAUAAAACUUCACCGAAGGUCCUCGUCUCCAAAGCUCCCCAGGCAUACGAGCAAAAAGGAGACUUCCAAACGUCAAAAGAAGCCCCGGGAUAAUGCGAAACCCGCUAAACAUGAAGAUGGAAAUAGCAGCGAUUCCAGCAGUUCUAAUUCUAGCAGAUCUUCGUCUUCAGUUUCUAGCUUUGGAUCAAGUUCUCGUAGUUCUUCUUCGCAUUCAACAAGUUCAAGUUCUUCUUCUUCUUGUUCCAGUUCGGACGCUUCUUCAAGUAGCGGUUCAGUUAAUUCUAAGGGGUCUAGAACCCGUAAACAGUCUACGACUAAAGAACUCCAUUUAGAGGAAAGCUUUAAAAUCGAAGGGAAAUCCGAGCAGUUAGACGCGAAUGUAGAAAUGAAAGAAGAUGCUUCGGCGGUUUGUGAAGCGAUGGAAGUUGUGGAAGUUGAAAACCAAACAUUUGCUGACCAGUUUGAAAAGGAGAUAAAUCCACCCAAAACUCCUCUCCAUGCUACCAGAGUGAUUUAUUUGCCGUAUCUACCGUUGAGCAUCCAUCGAUCUACGCUUGAAACAUUACUUUCUGUACAUCCCGACUAUCUUCGUUUCGCCUGUCUGGAACCCACCCCUUUGCCCUCUUCAACGCUCAAUGUUUCCGGUUCUACCACUUCCUCUCUUCUUCUUCAUCGCCCAGCAUGGAUAACGUUCACUCCGGUUCCAUCCGAGUGUUCGCUACCCAUUAUGGACUUCAUUCACCAACUUGUUAGCCGUCUUCGCGCUGAUUUUGCCACAAAUGAGACUUCAUCGGAGGCGUCAGACCUGGCAGCAGCUCUCCAGGCUGCUCGCCUACUACCUUCAGCCUUCAAUAUCGAUCGGAUUCGAGCCUCUACUCGUCUGGCCCGUACUCUCGUGGCCACCGUAAACAAUAACAAGUCUCCAUGCAACCCAGUUUCCUCAAAAUCUGUUAUGAGAAAACACCUUGUGAUGGUAUCGAGGUUGGUUGCGCGCCUGGAUGAAAUCUGGGGUUUGUGGAGACAACCGUGUGAUACGGGAACUGCUGAUUGGCCAAUUCCCAAGGCCACUGACCUUGAUCCUCGACGUGGAACUAUCUUGGCUGAUUUAGUUAAUUUGGGUACUCGGACUGGUAACCCAUUAUUGGAGUCUAUUACAGAUCAUUUGGUAGAUGAAACCAAUGCGGAAGAAGAGCUACUCCUUACGUCUCGAACUUCAACAGCAAAAAUAGACGACACUAGCUCGUCUAAAGAAGCAAACUCUGAACUCGUUAGGGCUCUAGACGCAUUGAUUAUCUACCUUCGCCUUGUUUACUCCAUCGAUUUUUACUCGCCUGCAUUGUAUCCUCGUGAAAGUGAUAUGCCCCAUCCAUGCUCAGUGUUUCAUGUACGUCCUUCUAAAAUACCUGAAUCAAUUGCUGCAAAUACUUUUCACCUGCUCAGGCUCAUGCCCCCAGCUCCGAGCACAGUGUUUGACAAGGAGCCGACGGAAAAGUCGGCUCAUAAAAUCUUUGCUCGGCAAAUUAGUCGAAUUUUCCGUAUGAUCACACCACUCUCCAUUGGUACUAUCACAAAUGUCAAGGAAAUGGAGCCCAGCCUUGAAGAGAAUCAGGAUAUAUCGAAAUCACAACGAAUGAUGGACUCAAAUGAAACUCGUCUGCGUCUCCUUGGCUAUAGAGAUGUGAAUGAAGUUACCGAAGAAUUCAUCAAGGUUAAUACGAAGCGCAAGAAACGAAAGGUUUUACUUGAUUUUUUGGGGGCAAAUUUUAGAGACGUCAUUUGGAUUUGUCCUCUUUCCGACAAAAAAUUCAGAGGACCGGCCUUUGUACGCAAGCAUAUUCUCAACAAGCACAUGGACAAGGUUGAGGCGGAGAAAAAGGAAAAGGCUUACUUCUUCAAUACUUACCUUCUGGAUCCAAUGCGUCCAGAAUUGAUGCACCCUCCACGACGUCAGUUACCCAUUCACUUGCGCAGAGCCGCAUCAGUGGACAACGAAAAUGAGGAAGACGAUGGCGUUGUUGAUCGUUCAUCGUCAAGACAACGCAAAUCAUCUCCACGUGGAGUUGGUGGUUAUCAGGCCACCCUCGCGGGACGUUACCGGGGCAACAACAGGGGCCACAACAACGGAUAUGGUAAUUAUGGCUCCGGGGGACGCGGUGGGGCCUCAUCGUUCGGAAACGGCCCACGCCGUUAUUGGCGGCCGAAUAAUUCAUGGGGUGGUGGUGCUGGCUACUAUAGAUCUGGAGGAAGUAAUCGAGGCAAUUCAUAUCGAGAUUUGGAUGCGCCUAGUUGA